GUUCGCUCGCAUUGACGCAAGCGCGAACGAACUUGUGAACAAUCCAUAUACUGUGUUUUGUGUAGUGUAUCGAGCUUAAUAAGGAUUUGUGUGAAAUUAGUGUCGUGUUAACAAAACAAAGGCAGACUUCAGGAAAUUAGAGAGACUAUCCCAGAAACAUUUUUAUUAAAAUAGACACGAAAAUUCCUCGACUAUGGAGCCCCGUUUCAACAACAUAACGGAGCGAGCUAACCGCGCACCGCCUAUCUUAACCGACUCAUACGUGUACAGUUGAAACAGCGAUGGUGAAAUAGUGUAGUGUACAAUGAGCUUAUAAGUGUUUAACGAGUGACGUGAUGCCUUACUACGGCUAUCGGGAGGGGUCGGACUCUAGUGGGGGUUGUUCGGAAUCGGACGGGGGUGAAUCGGACUCGGAGGGGGGGAUAAGUACCGAGAGUACGGUGGGCCAGGGGCUACCCUUUCCUGGGUUUACCCCGGUUGCACUUCGGUAUCUGACGCAGGACACCAGGCCGAGGAGUUGGUGUCUCAAGCUGAUUACCAAUCCAUGGUUCGAAAGAAUUUCAAUGCUGGUGAUUUUCCUUAACUGCGUGACCCUCGGCAUGUACCAGCCCUGCGUCGAUGACCAGUGUGUAACAAAUAGAUGUAAAAUACUACAGGUUUUUGAUGACAUAAUAUUCGCUUUUUUCACAUUGGAGUUGACUAUAAAAAUGGUUGCAAUGGGUGUGUAUGGCCACGGCACUUACCUCGCGGAUUCAUGGAAUAGGCUGGACUUUUUCAUUGUUUUUGCUGGGGCACUAGAAUAUGCGCUGAACGUGGAAAAUAUAAAUCUAUCGGCAAUAAGAACUAUCAGGGUACUUCGACCGCUUCGAGCUAUAAACAGGAUACCGAGUAUGCGUAUCCUGGUAAUGCUCCUCUUGGACACAUUGCCUAUGUUGGGCAACGUUCUACUCCUUUGUUUUUUCGUGUUCUUCAUAUUUGGUAUAGUCGGUGUCCAGUUGUGGGAGGGUAUCCUCAGGCAAAGAUGUGAACUUGUUUUACCAACAAACGUGCUUCGGCCCAACAUAUCCUUCUACUACGAGUUCUCGAAGGAACUAGAUUACAUCUGCACAACGCCGGCAGACAGCGGGAUGCAUCAAUGUGGAAACUUCCCCCCAUACCGAUACGGGCCUGUUGUGUGUAACGAGACGGCAAGACCAUUCUCUUACAACACUCCCACAAAUAAUUCAUGCGUGAACUGGAAUCAAUAUUACACAAACUGUACCCAACGAGGAUCGAAUCCAUUCCAAGGCACGAUUUCCUUCGACAAUAUCGGUCUCGCCUGGGUCGCAAUAUUUUUGGUUAUAUCUCUGGAAGGUUGGACGGAUAUCAUGUAUUAUGUACAGGACGCACAUAGCUUUUGGGAUUGGAUUUAUUUUGUGUUGCUGAUAGUUAUUGGAUCAUUUUUCAUGAUCAAUCUUUGCCUUGUCGUAAUCGCGACACAGUUCAGUGAGACGAAGAAACGUGAAAUGGAAAGAAUGCGAGUUGAACGAGCUCGGUUCACGUCGUCAUCUACUUUGGCGUCGUCUACAAAUAACAGUGAACCAGCCACCUGUUAUGCAGAAAUUGUUAAAUACGUAGCCCAUUUGUGGAGAAGAUUUAAACGGAGAAUGGCGAAGAAAAUAAGAGUAUACCGAUAUCAACGAGCACAACUCCGUUGGCGCACAAGCCGAGAAACUUUGCAGUUGCCAGCUAAUCGACCGAAACAACACCACCCGCGCUGUCCUAAACUACAUCCACAGGGUAAUGGAAAAAAUACGGAGGACGUAGAGGAGCCACUAAGUAGACCCAGCCUGUUGCGCGUUCCCUCGCUCUCCGCAGCCGAUCUUGAGAAUGCAUCCAAUCUCUCGCUACUAUCGCCGCCUUCGCUCGCCCGACGCCGGUCUUCAGUGAUGUUUAGCGAUACUGUUCUACUUCAUGCUCCGAACGCACCCCAUUUGGCUCACCCCAAUAAUCUGUGCUCCUCGGAGAAAAUGACGCAAACCGAAUUCGACCUGCCGGCAGAGUCGGCCGAAGAGAGAGCAGCUGCCGGUGGAACUAUGUCUUGUCAGGAGCUUCUGGCUCUCUCUGGAGCUCUAUCCGCUGCUCUACCUACGGGACAGGUGGCUUUGGACUCCUUCUUUGAAGAACUUACCAAGGGCAUCAGUAAACGAGCUGGUGAUGAGAAGUCAGACACAAGGAUCGUGGAAAUUGAAGACUUUUCUUGUUGCGCUGACCUAAUAGCAGCAGACGCCGCAGCCAAAGAAACAAAAAAGAAUCGAUUUACAAAAGCUUGCUCCCGUCUCUGGAAACGUUUCAAUAAAUUCCUAUCGCUACUAAGGAAGCACAUUAAAGCGAUUGUCAACCACAAAUACUUUCAGCAGGGUAUCCUCCUAGCAAUUCUUAUAAACACUUUGUCGAUGGGAAUAGAGUAUCACAAUCAACCAGAAGAACUGACAGUCAUCGUGGAAAUCAGUAACGUGGUGUUUUCAGCAAUAUUCGCUGUUGAAAUGAUUCUUAAAAUAAUAUCAGAAGGUCCUUUCAAAUACAUUUCGAAUGGGUUCAACGUGUUUGACGGUGUCAUAGUAAUAUUGAGCGCAUUUGAGCUUACACAAAGUGUGGGACAUGAGCAAGACUUAGCAGGAAGUUCAGGGCUAUCAGUGUUGCGUACAUUUCGAUUACUUAGAAUAUUGAAACUAGUCCGUUUUAUGCCAAAUUUAAGAAGACAACUCUUCGUCAUGCUGAGAACAAUGGAUAAUGUCGCUGUGUUUUUCUCGUUACUAGUUCUAUUUAUCUUCAUAUUCAGCAUCCUCGGUAUGAACCUCUUCGGGUGCAAAUUCUGCAAGAAAGAUGAAGAUGGCGAUCUUGAUUGCGACAGAAAAAACUUUGAUACUCUCUUGUGGGCCUUUGUCACGGUAUUUCAGGUGUUGACACAAGAAGAUUGGAACGUUGUUUUAUUUAAUGGAAUGGAAAAAACAAGCCACUGGGCCGCGUUAUACUUUGUCGCAUUAAUGACAUUCGGCAAUUAUGUAUUGUUUAACUUACUUGUUGCUAUUUUGGUAGAAGGGUUUAGUUCAGAGAGAAAUGAAAGACGGGAACGGGAACAACGGGAAUUGGCAAAAUCGAAAUUAUCAAGCGAAUGUUUCUCCGACAACAACGAAUUACAAUACAAUGAUUCAAACUCCGGAGAGAACUCGAGCGACAGUUUUUCUCAGAAUGAAAUUAAAAACUUCUGGAAAUCUGCGGAUGAUAUUCGAAAAGCCAAAGAUGACCCGAAUAAUAAAGAAAAAGUAAUGAAAUCAAAAAAAAGAAAACCAAAACCCGCAACGCAUAAUCCAACGUUAUGUAAAGAUUGUGCCCACUCCAACAAAUGCAAUAUACAAAAGGAAUCUAAAUUGCUAGCGUCAAGUUCAAUUAACGAACACAGCAACAGCACAGUUGUGCCUAUGAUCACUCACACAGCCGCGACACCUCAAGACUCGCCGUCCACUACUUUAGAGCCUGGAGCAUCAUUCAAAGAUUUCAACGUAGCUCUUAGCUUGGAGAGAUCAUCAAUGUUAUCUAGUUUGGAUUCAAUCGACCGAACUUCCUGUACCAGUAUACCAGGUUUACUAAAGCCUCCAAAUAGUUAUACCCUAACCCUACAUUCCGCAGCAGCCGCUUUAGGUGCCGAAAAGGCCAGACUCCCUAUCUCUUUAGCCCCUCCACCUCUCACCCUAGCACUACCGCCAUCCAGAGCCACUUCGCCUGGUACUCCAACAACACCAAGGUCGCUCCCUUCACCGAUGAUACCGGAGAAGAACCUGCAAGUUACAAUAGCUAAAGAGGGUAACUGCCUCAAUGUUAGCGAUAAAUCCAGCUUGCUGAAUUCACAAAGAAGUAUUACCAUAACAACCCCAACUGGAGAAGAUAAAUGUAGGGUACAGCGUGGAUACAGUUGGAGGUUGUCCAGGCCAAGUUUAAGAAAGAAGAAACCAAGAACGGGCUCAGACUCUGACGCUGUUGUACUGAACAAUGGACGAGAUCACAUUGCUUGCAAUGGUUCAAGUCUACGAAGAAAUGACAUUCUGCUUUCAUCGUCUAUUGUCAUAAAGAAUGAUACGCAGUCUGAGAUGCCUUAUAGAACUCGAGGCCAGCUCCCAGUGCGAGUCUUGGCUCCACCAGCAAGAAGAGUUUCCGCCCAUGCAACACCAAUACUACCUGACGUAUCGUGGAAAGCUCCAGAGGCGGGUUUUUCGUCGGAUUCAACUGUUCGAUUAGAUGCCAAAGCACCUCCCCACAGACUGUCUUUAACUAAUGACCUUUUGACAGUAACAACAGUGUCGGAGGUGAAAGCGAGUAAUUUAAUACCAAGCGGUCAACAGCAAUUACCGUCCCGAGCCCUUAACGAAGCAUUGCCCAGAGCAAAUAACCAACCUUUGCCAUUAAUUAAACAAAUUAAUGAAGAGGUGGCGAUAAACAAUGUCUGUAUAUUCUCAUCGAGGUUUGACCGGAGCAGAUUUAGAUUUAAGGAUCUUUUUCGCUUUAUGGAGCCGACAGGGUGUCUUAAAGAAAAAGAGGAUUAUUCUCUUUACAUAUUUUCUCCGGGUAAUUGGAUAAGAAGAUUUUGCACAUGGAUGGUAACCCGAAGUUGGUUUGACAAUAUAGUGCUAUUAUUCAUUGCCCUUAAUUGCAUCACACUUGCCAUGGAGCGACCGAAUAUACCACCAGACUCUAAGGAGAGAGCUUUUUUAUCGAGUGCUAAUUAUGUCUUCACUGUGGUCUUUGCCGUUGAGAUGUUCAUAAAGGUUGUGGCAUCUGGAAUGUUUUACGGCUCUGAGGCAUACUUCACCUCGGGGUGGAAUAUUAUGGAUGGCUCAUUAGUCAUCAUAUCUAUUAUCGAUUUACUUAUGUCUCUAGUAUCAGAAUCGAGCCCAAGGAUAUUUGGAAUAUUACGAGUCUUCAGGUUGUUAAGAUCGUUACGACCUUUGAGAGUGAUCAAUAGAGCUCCCGGAUUAAAACUGGUUGUUCAAACGUUAUUAUCAUCAUUACGACCUAUCGGAAAUAUCGUGUUAAUAUGUUGUACAUUCUUCAUUAUAUUUGGCAUUCUCGGAGUUCAGCUGUUCAAAGGGGCGUUCUUCUAUUGUGAAGGCGCCAACAUCAAGACUGUAAAGAACAAAUCCGAUUGUCUGGCAAUAGAGGGGAACGUGUGGGUGAACAGGAAAUACAAUUUCGAUGAUCUCGGGAAGGCUUUGAUGUCGUUGUUCGUUCUCAGCUCGAGAGAUGGUUGGGUCAAUAUCAUGUAUACAGGGCUUGAUGCGGUCGGCGUUGAUCAACAGCCAAUAGUGAACUACUCAGAAUGGCGCCUCCUUUACUUCAUUGCUUUUAUCCUACUAGUGGGAUUCUUUGUUCUGAAUAUGUUUGUGGGAGUUGUGGUUGAGAACUUCCAUCGAUGUCGUGAAGAACAAGAGAAAGAGGAAAGAGUGAGAAGAGCAGCGAAAAGAGCUUUACAGAUGGAGAAAAAGAGACGAAAGAUGCAUCAAAGGCCGUACUAUUCCGACUAUUCACAAACACGCCUGUUUGUGCACAAUGUUGUUACUUCGAAAUACUUUGAUUUAGCCAUUGCCGGAGUCAUUGGUCUGAACGUUGUCACUAUGGCAAUAGAAUAUUACAGAAUGCCACCCGCACUGCAGUACGCUUUAAAAAUUUUCAACUACUUCUUCACUGCCGUAUUCAUACUCGAGGCGGUGAUGAAACUCGUUGCACUCGGCUUCAAAAUUUACCUCAAAGACAAGUGGAACCAACUGGAUGUGAUCAUCGUUAUACUAUCCAUUGUUGGUAUUGUGUUAGAAGAGCUAGAGACUAAUAUAAUACCCAUAAAUCCAACAAUUAUGAGAGUUAUGCGUGUUCUUCGGAUUGCAAGGGUAUUGAAGCUAUUGAAGAUGGCGAAAGGCAUACGAGCAUUGCUGGACACAGUAAUGCAAGCUCUUCCUCAAGUUGGGAAUUUGGGAUUAUUAUUUUUUCUACUCUUUUUUAUUUUUGCGGCUUUAGGCGUGGAACUGUUUGGCCGUUUAGAAUGCUCAGAUGAAAUUCCCUGCCAAGGUCUCGGUGAACAUGCCCACUUCGCUAAUUUCGGAAUGGCAUUUCUAACGUUAUUCCGGGUGGCGACCGGCGAUAAUUGGAACGGUAUAAUGAAAGACACACUGAGAGAAGACUGCGACAGUUCUGUUGACUGUGUACGAAAUUGUUGCGUCUCUACUAUUAUCGCACCCAUAUUUUUUGUUGUUUUUGUAUUGAUGGCCCAGUUUGUCCUCGUCAACGUUGUUGUGGCUGUACUUAUGAAACACCUAGAAGAAUCUCACAAACAAAUGGAAGAUGAAAUCGAUAUGGACGUUGAACUCGAGCGUGAACUGGAAAGAGAAGCAGAUGAUGAAGAAGACAGAGCUCUUUGCAGAGCACUUGAAGAAUGUACAGCUCCCCCUCGGCCUUUAAAUAAGACGGCGACAGGAAUCGACAACAGAUGCUCCUGCUUUAUAUGAAGAAGAUGCCCGAUUCAUAGAUGCAGACGAUGUGGAUGAAUUAGAGCCAGGAAGCCCACCAAGACGAGACUCUUUCGCCCAAAAUCGUAGACAGCGAGUUGAUAAGAGAAGUUCUCUACGG